AUGGAGUACCAUCCCUCAGUAGAGCAUUGGUCAUUCACUUUUAAUUAUGAAGCGAAAUGUCGUUUUUGCAUGAGUGAACCUUUCACAACCCAAGAGCAUAAAAGAUAUCUGCAGAAGUUGGCCGAAAUUAACGUAGAAUAUUUGGCAACAGUGGCAAAGAGACUCUUGGGCAUUUUGAAAGAGCCAAACGGCCGCUCGGUGAAUAGUCUGCAAAAGGAAACGUCUAUUGAAUUGAAGAAGGCGUUGGACUUAACUUCCCGGCCUACCGCAACCCCCACUACAAACAUUAAUACAGACGUCGCUUUCCGGAAUACACCUUCAAGAGGCCGUCGCUUGUUUGCGCCGCAACUUUCGCCAGCUACAAUAGAAUUGGUCACACGGCUAAGCAUUAGCGAUAACAAGUCGGACAAGUCGGAUGAUGAACGUACGUUUUGGCUCACGCCGCCCGUCAAUAGUAUGACUGAUGACAUUUCCUGGGUUGCGAAACCGCCUGCUGGUUGCAGGUUGACAGAAUAUUUGAACUAUAUGCCAAUUGGCAUGCCGGCUCUUGUAUUGAAAAAACUGAAAAAGUUUAAUUUUGUCGAACAAUUUGAAAUAUGCCGAUUUUUUCACCCAUUCGGUUUAUUAGACUGGAAAGACUUUGAACCUGAUUUGCUGCGAGUUUGUGCCGGAAAUGAGUUGUAUGACGUGCUCAAGCACAUGUACAUUGAGAGAGGCUAUGGCACUGAGCUUGAUUCGCAUGCGAUACCAAAGCGAAGUUUCAAUCGCGUAUGGACACUAACGGAAAAUAUUAACGUUGAUCAGGCCAUAGUUUUUCUGGCCAAAUUGACAUUAUCAAACAAUCGAUAUUUAAUUAGUUUGGAUCCCAUAAAGGUUGGUCGAUCCAAGAGGUUUUAUAGAAAGUGGGGAUCGGAACGAUUUUUACUUAUUCGUCUGUCGGAGAGCAUUAGCAAUAUCUCUGGAAAAGUCUUGGAAAAGCUGAAGAAACAGCUAUUGCGGCCUAUAGAUUUGUUGGGGAGGAAGUACGAAAUGUUUUAUGGGAAGGAUGGAACAUUCUACUACUUUGCUACUAGUGGACCGGGCUUACAACGCAAACCUCUGUGGGACAUUAUAAACUGGCACAUACCGGUUUCGUAUCAAAACGUAGAUAUGACGUUUAAUAAAUUUUUUAGCAGAAUUUCGCUGGGUCUUUCUAAUACAAAACAAACAAUUGUCUUCAAACCGGACGAAAUUCGGCUCGUUGACGAUAUAUAUGCUAUAGGAAGACAUGGCAAGAAAUAUUGCAUGACUGACGGUUGUGCGGCAAUAAGUCUGAAAGCAAUGAGACAAGUCGCGGAUGUGCUUAAUGAAACCGUGACACCAUGCGCCAUACAGGGCCGCAUUGGAGGAGCGAAAGGCUUAUGGUAUCUUGAUCCCCUAAUGGAUAAUACCCAAAAUUGGAUCGAGAUUCGACAGAGCCAGUUAAAAUACUGGAUAUAUGGCAAGGACGAACAAUUACUUAAAGAAAGAGGAGACGAUGAACUUUUGAGAACCUUGGAUGUUUGUAAAGUUUUUCAAGCACCAAACAUGCCCGGUUCGUUAAAUAGUCAAUUCAUACCUGUCCUGGCUCAUGGAGGGGUCGACGUAAGCGUUUUUACCGAAAUUCUGAAAGAGAAUAUAGACAAGCUUAAAUCCGCCGUCAUUAAUUGCAAUGACCAAACCAAAUUAAUUAAAUGGUUAGAGGAUACUGGCAAUUUGAUGAAACUGAGGUUGGAGGAAUCGAAUUAUGGUUUCUCAUAUGGAACGAUUGCCGAGACCUCUUCAGAUUAUAUGUCAGAUGACAUUCCCACCAUAUCUGCAAUGCCAAUGAACAUCGGCGAAACAGCGAUAGAAAUGCUGGCUGCUGGGUUUACGCCAAAAGAAUGUCCAUUCCUUGCUCGGAAAAUAACUCUUUUUCUCAAGAAUGCCGUCAAGGCAAUGACACGAAAAUUCCGGAUAAUAGUCCCCUUAUCACGCGUCGUGUGCUGCAUAGCCGAUCCGACAAACACGCUUGGACCAGGAGAAGUAUUUUUGCAGUUGGAUGGGAAUGCGGGGAGAGAUGAAAAAAGUGGAUGUCCAUUUGGCGUUAUAGAAGCCGAUAUGAUACUAGCCAGAAAUCCCGCUUAUCUUCCCUCUGACGUGUGGAAAGUGAGAGCAGUGAGGAAGGCGGAAUUGUUGGGUUAUCGCAACGUGGUGGUAUUUCCGACACGAUUAGGACCUACGGACGAAGGGUCUAUUGCAAAUAGGCUAAGUGGUGGGGAUUAUGAUGGAGAUAUUAUAUUUUGUUGCUGGGAUCCUAGAAUAGUAAAUGGGUUUCACAACACCCAAGUAGAUCAAAUUAGACCCGAGGUGGAGGAGGCAUUCUGCAAGAAUGACAAGAGAGUAGUGGACAUUUUGAGAGAUAUCAGAGACACUAAAUCUGCCGAACGCAUUAUUCAACAAAGGAUAGUCGAUACACUGUUCGACGAUAUAACUAAUCAACUAGGACUUUAUUCAUUUUACCAUCAGAUUUGGUCAGCCAAAUUUGGCAUAGACCAUGAAAAAUCUAUAUAUUUCGGUCAGAUGUGCGCUAAGCUUGUGGAUGCCACCAAACAAAGUCUUAAAUUAAAAGAAGGCAAAUCUCAAACUGAUGGUCGAGAGGUCAGCAAACUCGAUUGGCCACAGUGGUUUAUUGAUCAAAGAGAAAGGAAAAAAGGAUGCAGUCACUUCGACCUGGACAGCUCGGAUGCAUUUUCUAUGAGACGAUCGGGAACUCAGUCUCCGUUAGAUAUAGUCAACGAAUUUAUGAAAAAAGAACUGAGUAUAUUUAAUUCAAAUAAUUUUUCUAUAAUACCCAAUUCUACGAACGACCAGGACCAGCACAUAGGACGGUUUUGGCAGAAGGAAGUAGAGCGAGCGGGGAUGAUGAAGAAAUUGGGUGAUAGUACAUACUUGGAAGAUUUGCAGUUGAUUCGUAAAUCUAUGGACAAUUUGGUAGUUGAGUACAAUAGAACGUAUAGAGACAUAAUGGAUGAAGAAAGGGAACGGGAGAACAUUAUACGCCAAAAGUCGCACAGGAAACGGACCGCAAUAUCACCAUGUUCUCUCUUCCCUGCUUCUAUUGACAAUGACAUAGACGAGCUAUUCUUGUACAAAUUUCGUACGACCCCAACACCCUCCAUGUACAAGAACCUUCAUCUAAGGUGUACAGAGCGAAAAUCGGUGUAUAACGCAGCAUUAGACUUGGAGAUGAAAUUGAAAGCGAGUGCUUUGUAUUUGGCUAGUUUUAAAAAGAAAGACGAUGGGAAAUGUUGCUGGGCGCUUGCAUUUAGAGAACUCUGCAACAUCAAAGCUUCUAUGGUUGAGGCGGAUGAGAACAUUACUGGAUAUCCGAAGACGACCGGUGGUGCGAGAACGGUAAUGGGCAAUGUAUGGAAGACCAUGAAAGUGGAUAGGCGAUGGUUAAUUAAAAGUGGGAGUUGA